CCUCCACCACUUCCUCUUGCCCAUUACAAACCUCAUCAAUUUGAGUGGCAAAGAGAGAGAUAACCCCUCCUCCCAAAACCCCCUCUCCAUUUCCACACAAAAUCUACCAAUUCCACCAUCAACAGUCAUCACCUCUCACACUCCUAAGGACACUACGACUCCAAAUUUUGGUCUUCAGUCAUCAGCCAUGGCCAACAUGAUCAUGGGCACCUCCAAACCUCUCAUCACCCUCUCAUCCUCUUCCCUCCCCACCAACUCCAAGCCCAAACUCCAAAUCCCACGACUUUCCUUCCCUAAACUCCUCAAAAUCACCAAACCCCAACUCCUGUCUCUCUCGACUUCCACUCUUAAGUCCCUCUCUCUCAUUGCAGCCACUUCUUUAACCUUCGCACCACCUUCUUUAGCUGAAGAAAUAGAAAAGGCUGCACUCUUUGACUUCAACUUAACACUUCCAAUAAUCAUGGUUGAGUUCUUGGUCCUCAUGGUUGCCUUGGACAAAAUCUGGUUCAGCCCACUUGGUAAUUUCAUGGAUGAAAGGGAUGCAGCUAUAAAGGAGAAGCUAAGCAGUGUUAAAGAUACUUCAGAAGAAGUUAAGCAACUUGAAGAACAGGCUGCUGCUGUUAUGAGAGCAGCAAGGGCGGAAAUAUCGGCUGCGUUGAAUAAAAUGAAGAAGGAAACACAGGGUGAAGUAGAGCAGAAGUUGGCUGAAGGAAGGAAGAAAAUUGAGGCUGAGUUGCAAGAAGCAUUGGCUAAAUUGGAUACUCAGAAAGAGGAGACUAUUAAAGCACUUGAUUCACAAAUUGCUGCUCUUAGCGAUGAGAUUGUUAAGAAGGUGCUUCCUGUUCAAUAAAGUUGUUAUCUUGAUGGUUUAGUAUCUUCUUAUAUUUUGUGAAAUUGGAAAUGAAUUCCAUUUAUUAAUGUCUAUAUUUUCUGAAAUAUACUGAUGUUAUGCAAUGAAAGGAGUGAAUUGUAGAAAAAAAUUUCCCUCUCCUUUCUUUCUUGUUGCA